AUCAAAUUUCCGGAUUUCUGGAAAUUUGAUAAUUAAUUACACUUCCUUCUAAAAUUCAAAAUGAAUAAGUUUUUUUUUCUAUAUAAACCAUGAUCUCAUGAAAUGAAACCAGAUGGAUUUUGCUGUGAAUAUUUUGAUCGAUCACUAGAUUUCGAGUUUAUUUUAAUAAUGAAACUUUGGAUACUUGCUUGUUUGUGUUCUUUAAACAGUUUGAUGGUGUUCUGUGAAAAUGUGUAUGGAUAUGGUGUUUGCGUUAAUGAGUUACUAGACAUCCGCUCAUGCUGCAAGGACUUCAAACCAGUUGGAAACAUGUGUGUAGAAUGUGAUCCUGGGUACCGGGGCUAUAAUUGUUCCGAGACCUGUCCUCCCAACCACUAUGGACCAAAAUGUUUUAAAACAUGUGACUGUUUACCUUAUCAGUACUGUGAUACAGAAAAGGGGUGUCUGUGUAACACGACCAGCGUUAAUUGUACAGAUCAGGAACCAGAGACUGUCGAAACAAGCUUAGGAACAACAAUAAGUUUUUACAUCUUAUCCACUUAUCAUAACAAAAACCCGACAAAUUUACUCACAGUUACUUUAUCCUCGACAAUAUCAGUCGUUCUACUGCUUGCAGCUGGGGUCACCUGCAUAAGUUUUUGGAUGAAGAAAAGAUUGAGAGAGGCAAAGAAAGAAAGAUAUACAUUGGGAGAUCAACAAUUGUUACAUGUCGAAGAUACGUCCCCUGGCACUAAUCCACAACCUCAUCAAACUGAGGACAUAUACGCUCACACAACAUCGGGAAUUUACCAUCAUUUAAGUCUCAGAGUACAGCUUAGCAGUUUAUCUGAUAGUGAUAAAAACAUAGAGAACCCCUCUCACUGCCCGGGUCUCUCCCCUGAUACAAUUUCUGAACAAAGUGAGGAAAGAAUCCAAACAAAAGAAAAAGAAUCACAGACAGACAUUCAUACGGACAGCGAACAUUCAGAGGAAGUUUAUUUUGAUGUGAGCUACGCAAUACAAAAUGCAGUUGAUUUACAAAAAGAUGAAUCAUUUGAACGAAAGUGUUCCUUAAAAUCAGAAACAGACGUAGAAGAUGGUGAGUAUUGUGACGUGAAGUACAGCAGACAACAUUCUAAAGUUGUAUACGGAAAUGAAUUUCCCAGACAACAGAUUUCUUCCAAUUCCGAACUGGACUUUGAUAAGGACGGUUUAGCAGAUUAUGUUAAUUGUAUUAAUAUUUAUCACAUUAAUGAAUCUGUUGGCGAUGUUUAUUCAUCAGUACAAAAAACUUCAAAAAAGACAAAGUUUUAGUGAGCAUUUUUAGAAAAAAAAAAUUGGCAUUUUUUUUUAAAUUGAAUUUUUUCAUGAUAUGGAAUGAAACAUUUGAAAUGUAGUAGAAAUAUUUUUAAAGAUAAGAGAAAAGAAUCUUUCUUCGAUUGUGUGAAAAAUGAAUGAAAUUGUUAAGGUACAUGCAAUAAUUUGUUCUUUUUAGUUUCAUGAGAAUUAAAAUUUAUGAAAGAAGAUAAAUGGACUAUUGUGAAUAAUAGAAUUACUCUGACGCCUACCUCCAAGUCAUCUUAUGGUCAAUACAGAGUUAAGAGGGUACAUCAGCAAGAUAUUCAUAUGCAGAAAACUCCGUUUUUGAGCUUUAGAUUUUAGAUGCGAUUAUGAUACAGUUACCUUCCUCUCUGUUUAUAAGUUUGUCUGUUUACAUAAAUUCAGGCCUUCGUUUGAACAAUCAUUGAUAAUCGUUAAUUGUUGUUAAUUCAAAAUCUAUGAAAUUCAGAGAUAAAACCAGGUGCCUAGAAGAAGAAAACAGCCCCAUUGACUGGUCAAUUUCGCCGUGAACUUUAUUUAUUCAUU